AUGCUACGCAACCGCUAUGUGAAGCACGGACAUACGCGUCAUUCGGCUACCGUGUAUGCAGUGGUACCGCGCCACCCGAACUCAGCCGGACUCUUGCAGAACGUCCCAUCCCUCGCCCAUCCCUCGCUGGGAGAGAUGAUGGAGGAGGCUUCGCCCCGGAAGGUCGGGCGAGCAAGCACAUUCCACAACAUCCCGACUGGAGAGCCGAGCGAGGUGCUGGGCCGUCCUAACCCCCUCCUGCCUGCCUACGUGGAGUCUAGGCCCUUCGCUGCUACCUCGCAUCGUCGUCUAUUCCAUACUGUCAAUCCGACACGUUCCGAUUGCACCCUACGAGACGCAGCAUACUCUCACCAACGCGUGAUCGUCACUUACUUAUCACACAAAGCGCUACAGACAACAACAAACCGUGCAACACGGCCAGCAUGGCUGCACGAGAAUGCAAGAGUAAAGCCAGCUACCAAACAAACAAUCGUACUAGGAGAACAGGCAGCAAAUGAUAUCGAUCCCAAGAAAACGUUUUCACGCCAAGAAUAUGUCGCAAACCACUGCUUCUGA